AUGGGCUUCUUCCGCACUCUCCAGCAAAAGGCUCACGAGCACAAGAGCAGCACUAUCACUGCUGCAAAGGAAGCUGAAGAGAAUGCCUCUUAUGCCGGAUCCUACGCUGCCCUCAUUUCCGAGAAACAAAAGGCGCCGCCGAAGACACUGGGCGGUGGUAACCGGACCUACAACUACAACCCCGGUGAUCAAUGCUUCGGAUCGUGCUGCCGAAACUACUAG